AUGUCUGCAGCACCGCUUCGCGUUCUCGUCACCGGCGCCGCCGGCCAAAUCGGCUAUUCGAUUGUGAUCCGCAUCGCCGAUGGAACCGUGUUCGGCAAAGAGCAGCCGGUCCAAUUGGUGCUUUUGGAUAUUCCGCAAUGCGCCAAUAUUCUCGAGGGUGUCGUAUUCGAGCUUCAGGAUUGCGCUCUUCCAACACUUCACAGUGUUGAGGCUGUCACUGAUGAGAAGUCGGCGUUCACCGGCAUCGAUUACGCGUUCCUCGUUGGCGCGAUGCCAAGACGCGAGGGAAUGGAGCGCAAGGAUCUCCUCGCCGCCAACGUCAAAAUUUUCAAGUCGCAAGGAAAAGCGCUCGCUGAUUACGCGAAACCGACGACGAAGGUGAUCGUCGUCGGCAAUCCGGCCAACACCAACGCGUUCAUCGCCGCCAAAUACGCGGCCGGCAAAAUUCCGGCCAAGAACUUCUCGGCCAUGACGCGUUUGGAUCAUAAUCGCGCGUUGGCGCAACUCGCCCUCAAAACCGGCACCACAAUCGCCGAUGUGAAGAACGUGAUCAUUUGGGGAAAUCACUCGAGCACCCAAUUCCCGGACGUCACCCACGCCGUCAUCAAGAAGGGCGGACAGGAGCUCGACGCGUACACCGCCGUCGGCGACAAGGAGUUCCUUCAAGGCGCGUUCAUCUCGACCGUCCAGAAGCGUGGAGGUGUGAUUAUUGAGAAGCGCAAGCUCUCAUCGGCAAUGUCGGCUGCAAAAGCCGCGUGCGAUCACAUCCAUGAUUGGCAUUUCGGCACCGCCGCCGGACAAUUCGUGUCGAUGGCUGUGCCAUCCGAUGGUUCGUACGGAAUUCCGCAGGGCCUCGUCUUCUCGUUCCCGGUCACCAUCGACGCCGCCACCAAAGAAUGGAAGAUUGUGCAGGGUUUGAGUUUUGACGAUUUCGCCAAAGCGAAAAUCGCCGCCACCACCAAAGAAUUGGAGGAGGAGCGCGACGAGGCGCUCAAAGCGUGCGAGGAGGCCAACAUUUAA